AUGGACGACGACGCGGACCUGGACUUUGACUUUGAGGAUAAGCUCGACGCGAACGACACGCAACCGCAGGCCCCGCCCCCGGAGCUCAAUGAACGCGGACGUAAGAAUUACCGACAGACGGUCUGCAGGCACUGGUUGAGAAACUUGUGCAUGAAAGGAAACGCGUGCGGGUUCUUGCAUCAGUUCGACAAGUCGCGCAUGCCCACGUGUCGGUUUUACGCCAAGUACGGGGAGUGCAAGGAGCCGGAUUGUCCGUACAAGCACUCGUUGGAGGACGUGAAGGAUUGUAACAUGUUCAAGCUCGGGUUCUGUAUACACGGGAACUUGUGUCGGUUUCGUCACGUCAAGUUACCGGGACCUCCGCCUCCGGUGGAGGAAAUGGCACUGGUUGGACAGCCGGGGCACUUGCACGGGGCGAAAUCGUUCAAGCAGAGGGAGCGAGAGAAGGCGAUGGCGAUGGCGAUGCAGCCGCGGGAGGCGCCGGACGCGACGUUCAAGGCGCCGCCUCUGCCUCCAGGGCCGCCGCCGAAGCACUUGGCGCGCAAGGAGGAGCGGUUUGCUUUGCCAGAAGGGCCGAUGGAGGUUCCGGGGCCGCCGCCGGGACCGAUGGAGGUUCCAGGGCCGCCGCGCGGGGCACCGCCGCCGGGACCGCCGCCGCCGGGACCGCCGCCGUCGGGACCGCGGCCGCCAGGACCGCCGUCGGGCGCCCCCAGGGGUGCGGCACCCCCGCCGGGGGCUCCCCCGGGAGUGACGCCGGCACAGAGCGCACCUGCGGGCAAGUUACGAGGAUGGGGCGCGGGUGGGGUGAAACGCAAAGCGACAGAUGCGGGGAUUCAGGAUGGCAUGCCUGGCGCGGACGAAGAAGGCGGCGCGGACGGAUUUCCGGGCGCCGCGUGA